AUAGAAAACAGAUCCCCCUCGGUGUGAAACCAUUAUCUUCACGGUCGUCCUUCUAUCUACAACAAUUAACUGCAUCAUCAAACGUGUUAGACAUUCGUAAAAACACAGCGGAUCAUCUUCAUCACAGAUUAACAAAGUUAAAUAUAUUCCGAAAUCGAAGAAGUUGAAGAAAAGAUCAGUUUACGGAUCGGACGUUCAGCUCGGCGGAGGGAUAUCAGCGGUGGUAGAAGAGGAAACAGGCUCCGCUCUUUUAUUUCCUUUUAUAAUUCAAUACGUGCUCGGAUUAUUUUCUCUCAGCUCUGUAGUCUUUAUUUAGAUGGCAAGCUUCCCAGAAUCUGUACACGAAAAUGAUAUAGGUAAGGCUAAGUUCAUCGGUGAACUCCUCGUACCUGUUGCUCCCUUUGACCAGAAGUCCGGGCGCGAGGCUUGGACUGUCGCCUUUGCACCUAAUGGUUCCUACUUGGCGUGGUCUCAGGGGCAUCGCAUUGUGAGGCUUAUUCCCUGGACUCAAUGCCUGAAGAACUUCUCACUGGGUCACAGUGAGGAGGUCACCGAUGCUUCCAGCCCCGAACAUCUCUCCCGUCGGGGCAGCGAUGGAGGACAGGUCGUCCCAGUGGGCGGAGAGCCCCGUGAACACACCAUCGACUGCGGUGACACCGUGUGGGGAAUGGCGUUCGGCUCGUCCGUGCCAGAGAAGCAGAGCCGCUGUGUGAACAUCGAGUGGCACCGCUUCAAGUUCGGCCAAGACCAGCUGCUGCUCGCAACGGGCCUCAACAACGGACGCAUCAAGAUCUGGGAUGUAUACACUGGAAAACUGUUGCUGAAUCUGAUGGACCACACUGAUGUGGUGCGGGACUUGACUUUUGCCCCCGAUGGCAGCCUCAUGCUGGUUUCUGCAUCCCGAGAUAAAACCCUGAGAGUGUGGGACCUCAAGGAUGAUGGGAACAUGGUGAAGGUUCUGCGCGGGCAUCAGAACUGGGUGUACUGCACGGCCUUCUCACCCAACUCCUCCAUCCUAUGCUCCGUCGGCGCAGGCAAAGCAGUGUUCCUAUGGAACAUGGAUCAGUACGCUUUGAUCCGGAAGCUGGAGGGCCACCACCAUGACGUAGUGUCAUGUGACUUCUCACCAGAUGGGGCGCUGUUAGCGACCGCCUCUUAUGACACGCGGGUCAUCCUGUGGGACCACCACAAGGGCACCAACCUGCUGGAGCUGGGACACCUCUUCCCUCCUCCAUCUCCCAUCUUCGCUGGAGGAUCAAACGACCGCUGGGUUCGCUCUGUGAGCUUCUGCCCCGAUGGACGUCACAUCGCCAGCAUCACAGACGACAGGUUGGUUCGUUUCUGGAGCAUCGAGGAGAGAGCUCCUCAGGCCAUCGCCUCGCUGUCCAACGGCCUCAGCUGUGCCUUCUCUGCUGAAGGAAAUGUCCUAGCUGCUGGAACUCGUGACGGCAGCAUGCACUUCUGGGAGAGCCCUCUGAGUGUCUCCAGUCUGCAGCACAUGUGCAGGAUGGCGCUGCGUCGGGUGAUGACCACGCAGCAGGUGGAGACCCUCGCCAUCCCCACACCUCUCCGAGACUACCUGACCUACAAAGUCAUCUAAACCUGCAUCCCCCAGAACCAGAACCAGCCACCUGCCCCUGCAGCAGCAGGAAACUGGAAAUGAACCCUUACAAAAUUUUUCAUGAAACUUUCAGGACAGGAGAAGAGUUACACAAAUCCCCCCAACCCCACCUGCUCACAGCUGGACAUUGUUUUGUACAUAUUUAUUUUUUAUACAGGAAGUGCUUUAGUAAACAUGUGCUGGGGUCAGCACACAAUCAAA